UUGUUUAAUAGCACAGGGGUUUAUUUGGGAUGAUCGGGUAAUGAUUAAUUCGGUCAGGAAGAAAUUGGGAGGAAAAGAAUCGGUCCACUUCUGAGCGAAAGCUUAGCAGCUUUAUCUGGGCUGCCUGUUAUAAAUAGUGCUGGCGAGACCCAAGUGCUGCGGGAGGAAGGCACAUGAUGGAAACUCACAAUGCACGUUCAGAGAAUGUAAAGUGGGCUCCAUAAAUCCCCGGAACAGUCAGAUGAUUUUAAGGGCUGCAUAGGGGCACUCCAGCGCUCAUAUUUCAACAUAUUAGGAGGAGUGUCAAAGUUCAAGAAAGGCAGGAGGGGAUUACAGAGCAAAUUUUACGGCUGCCCUUCACCAGUCGAAGCCACCAAGGAAGAAGCCGCCAACAUGACCAAGAAAAGAGAAAGGAGUUUGAAAGAGAAAUUUGCCCUGGAGAACAGCCUGCUGAAGGAAGCUCUGGCAGAAUUCCUGGGGACGUUCAUAAUGAUAACCCUCGGAUGCGGGUGUAUCGCACAAUCGGUCCUUAGCAGAGGUGCCAUGGGAGGAGCACCAGUGAUCUCCCUUGGUUUUGCUAUGGCAGUCACCAUCGCCAUAUACGUAGCUGGAGGCGUUUCUGGCGGUCACAUCAACCCAGCUGUUUCCUUCGCCAUGUGCCUGACUGGACGGUUGAAAUGGGUCAAAUUGCCCGUGUAUGUCCUUGCUCAAUAUAUCGGUGCCUUUCUUGGAGCAGCUGCUGUCUUUGGGGUCAAUUAUGAUGCGUUGAUGGAGUACAAUGGCGGGGAGCUGACCGUCACAGGACCAAAUGCUACAGCACAUAUUUUUGCAACCUACCCAGAGGGAUAUUUGUCCCUGACAAAUGGACUUUUAGAUCAGGUGAUGUCGACGGCAUUUCUUCUCCUGGGCAUCUUUGCCAUCUUUGACGCGGACAAUCUCCGCGUGCCGAAGGGACUGGAACCUAUCGCUGUCGGCCUUCUCAUCGUAUUAUUGGCUUCUUCCUUGGCCAUGAACAGCGGCUGUGCCAUGAACCCCGCCAGAGAUCUGGCCCCGCGCGUCUUCACGUACAUUGCAGGAUGGGGUUCAGAAGUCUUCACGGCUGGCAAUAACUGGUGGUGGAUCCCUGUUGUUGGCCCAAUGGUUGGCGCAGCUUUUGGAGUUGGUAUCUACAUCCUCUUAAUCGAAAUUCACCACACCACUCGGCGGCUACCCCAGAACGACACCGCCCACAAUAAAUACGAACUCUCCAAUGUGGACGAAGAGAAGCCGUUCCAAGGAGACUAUCCUUAACCUCUCCUUUGAAUAAAACAGACCAACCCAUUUCCCAAAUCACCCCUCGUUCAAGCCACAAAAAAGGCUGAGCUCUUCUGCGACGGCUUAUGGCAGCUGGCAAAAUCCAUUCCCUACCCCCCAGUACAAAAUUAGUAGCCCCAAAAUCUAGAAACGACGCAUCACCUUGAGAGGGGCAUUUGCAGCAGUCCUUUCUGUAUCCUUGAGGUCAAAUUUCUGCCCUUCCUCCUCCCAAAUGAAAGUCUAAAUGCAACCCGUGCAGUUUAAAUCAUGUUGCCCUAAUUAACCACAAAUGGGCAGAGCUGGUGUCAACAAGCUGCAGACUGAGGCUGUUUAAUUGUCCCCAAGUGACACCAGCAGAGAUUCAUUAGUGGCAUUAGGAUUUUAUUUUAUUUUUUAUAAAGACAUCUAUGGAAAAGGUUGAGCUUUAUCCAAAGUGGUUGUUAUUGUUGUGCACCUGAAUUACAAAGCCUUAAGUGAAGUCGGGCUGUGUGCGUUUGAACCCUAGGCACUGACAGCUAUCAAAUGCCCACUAAAGUAAAAGGUUUGAAAAGGGGAUCAGACCAAUUAAGGGAAAAUACCAUAGCAAAGCUCUUCGUCACAGUGACUCAGGAAAAUUGCCAUGAUCAGAUGCAGUAUACUGCUCAAUAAAUUCCCUCCCCAUGCCAGGCUUCUGAUUCCCCCCAGAAUAGAUGGAGAUUGGUUUGAUCCUGUCCACAGGGCUGGCGCUACCAUUAGGCCAACUAGGCAGCUGCCUAGGGCGCAGACCUCAGAGGGGUGCAGUACUGCCCUUUAAGGGUCACCGUUUUAUACAAAUGAGUAGUUUUAAGAAAAAACAUAAUAAGUUCAGGUUUUGUGCUUUUUCUUUUUUCUAUGAAACAUCUGUUCUUAAAAAUCAAAGUUGGCAAUUUUUGGUGUGUGUGUGUGUGUGUACAAGUAGCUCACCUUGCCUAGGGCGCAAAAUAGUCUGGCAUCGGCCCUGCCUGCCCAGCAAUUCUUGCGUUAUGCAAGAAUGACAAGGGUAUCGCUGGAGGUAGCUGAUGCUGUAAGUGGCUCUGCGGUCAAAUCUGGGACAGAAAAAUACAGAACGUUUUUCCUCAGGGACUUCGGAGUGCUCACAUUUGCUUUCUACACAAGUUAUCUGAUCUUAAUGCAAUCUUUCUUUCUUUUUAAGAGCUAAGCUAGGAUGCCCACCCUCAGUUUCCCUGCUGUGCUUUCUAGCAGGAUGUCAGCACCACCUAAUUGUAAUACGUUGAAGUGCAGGCUGCCAGUAGAGAGUGCAUUACACACAGAACAUUUGGAGUUCAAUCCAGACGGAAGUAACGCACCCUUAAAUCCCACUGAAAUUUUAGGAUCUAAAUAUGCCCAUACCUUUUCCCCAUUUGUGUCCUCCUUCCAGAGAUUUUAAUAUCAAAAUAUUCCAGACUUAAUGCUGUGACAGCUCUUAGAGCUAGUAAUACUUCCUUGGAGGUAGAAGUGUUUUGGAAAGUCCUUGAAUUCUGGCCAGUGUCUCCAAGCACUCCCAGACUUGGGUGUGUGUGUGUGUCAGUCAUCAACACCUUUUGCUCAAAACGCUCCUGAGUUCUAAAAUAAUUUCUUCAUAUUUUUUUAUUACCAUAAAAAAUCCAUUCAUAAAAAAAGAAGACAGAAUAAUUUCUGGUUGUUAGCACUAGGACUCUCCCUCCGGAAACACCCACUGUGUGACCACCCCCAAGAAUGAGCCAGAGUGACUGGAGAAUAAAAAGGUUCAUCUGGAGGUGCCCAUGGUGAUGCAAACCCAACCAGGAUUUACAAGGGGGCAAGUGGUGGCAGCUGCAUCAGGCAUGGGUGUCCAUUGCCAUUAAGAGCGGCACAUUGGGAGGCAGGUAGAUGUGAGCUGCAGGACACAGUCCACUAGGAAUUUCUCUUGUGCAAGCCCCAUUGAAAUCAGCAAGGGCUGUGCAGGAACCCAGAAGAGCUCUUGUUCAUUUCAGUGAGGCUUGCGCAGGAGAAAUUCCUCGUGGACUUUGCCCCUUGAUAAUUAACGGGGCAGGGGGUAUUUCCAGCUGGAUUUGUCCUCAUCCUCAAGAACCAAACCAUUUGGCCCAGCCUUGAUUAGAAGGACACUUUCAGCUGAGAUGGUUUUCCCAGGUAGGAAGCUCUGAUGGCACACUGUGGAGCCGUUGCUACGAAUUUAGCCUUGCUGAAUGAGGCAGAGGGAGACAUGAUGUGCUCUCUCUCCUUUUCUCCUCCCCUGAAUGCCACUCGUAGGCAGGAAAUGCCCAUAAUUUAAGAGGGUUUAAAACUCUUUGCAUGGCCACCUCGCCAGACACUGGACACAUUUUCUCCGUCAUGGAACAGGCGGAGAUAACCCGGAUUGAGUGAAAGGUGUGAGAUUCUGCCAAUAUGUGCCUUUCUCAUCAUUUCCUAUUUCCAAGUGUGGUGCAGAACGAACAUGGACCUGUCUCUGAUUUUUAUACGUACUGGUUGUGACCACAAAUAAACAGCAUUUUCACUUUGCAGUAA